UAGUAGUAGGAGUAGUAGUUGUUGUUGUUGUAGUAGUAGGAGGAGUAGUACUAGGAGUAGUAGGAGUAGUAGGAGUAGUAGGAGUAGGAGUAGUUGUAGGAGUAGGAGUAGUAGGAGUAUAGUAUGGGACAUGGUGGACAAGGCAGGAGAUGUGCGGCUAAUAGGUAUUAGAUGAGAUUCAUCCUAAACAAAUCUCAUACGUUUUUGGUAAGUUUAGAUCAAACUCAAUCUGUGAUUCUGAGAUGUUUACAGACAAUAUACUGUACCCUGACCUGGGGUGAUAUACAGAGCUGGACUAUUAUAAAGUUCUGGGUCUUAUUAGUCCAUGGUUUGUUUAUAUCGAUGACCAUAAAGAUGGAGUAUUCUACGAAAGCCAUAACCUGAAACUCCAGUCUGACCCUAAUGCAAACUCUAUUGAGGCCGCGCCAAUGCAUAUAUAAUGCUGAUGUGGUCUGACUGAUACCUCUAUAGUCAUGGUCUCAUAUAAGCGUGGGAACCUGGGCACUAUGACCUUGAUAGACAAACACUGGGCCAUUCUCAGAUGGGUGUGAAUUGUGUUAGGGCCGUUCCAUGACAAAAGGCAAAGUGUGUCAGUCUGCACCUCCAGCCUCCUCCACCAUUUUCCCACCAGCUCCUGCAAUGCCAACUUGUCUUCUAGCACCUUCUGCUAUAGGGACUGAGCUCAAUCCAUAACAUGAACUCUUAUGAUUAGUAUUAAGAUAUCUAGAUAGUUGGGUCAAUGGACAAGCCAUGAUGGCCAUUAUGAGUAUAUAUGUACACACUGGAUCCAUAUGGGCUACACAUAUUAAUAGAUCCCCAUUCAGCUCAUACACAUCCUCCAUUCACACUGUGCGUAACCCACUUAUCCAUUACCCCUAUUUACCCCCUGCAGACACACUUGCGUAUUGGUGGCAACAGGUAAUUGAUAUGGUAACGUUAUAUGUGGAGUGUGCUGGGGCAGGAGCCAGGAAGGACAUGGGGGCGGGCAAUGGCCAUUGACUCUGGGGAGGACAAUAGUCUUCUGGGUGUGGACCAAGCAUCUUCUUCCAUAGUAGCUGAGGGGGUGGAGCCACCAACUGAAGGGCGGAGUCUUUGAGCUAAGGUAGAAGGGCAGUGUCUCGUCCCUUCAGAUCCUACUUGAUUUUUGGAUUGAGCAGACCACUGCCAACAUGAGAAACACAUACCUCACGAAAGAGGACAAAAAGCUUAUGAAGCCCGUCAUAGAAAAAAGAAGACGGGACAGGAUAAACCAGAGCUUGGAGAACCUGAGGGCGCUUCUUCUGGAGGCCACACAGGAUGAGUCAUUAAAGAAUCCUAAAGCGGAGAAGGCUGACAUAUUGAAAAAGACAGUGCAGUUUUUGAAACUGUGUCAUAAUUCAGGACCAGAAGAUGCCAAAAAGGCUAUGCCUGAGUUUGAUAGUGGGUUCCAGGAAGGUCUGAGCCGAGCCACCAACUUCCUAAGCUCCAGGUCUAGUAUCUGUGAGAAGAAGAGAGAUUACGUUGUCGGGAAACUGUGUCGGCACAUAGAAGGGAGGAGCCCCAAAGAGUGGAAAGACUCGGCAUCAGAUGACUCUUUUUGCCUGGACCAAAACCAACUCAUACCAAGUCCUCCCCAAAUUUCUAGGCUCCCUGAACACUCCUCAACAAUGUGUCCAGAAAGACUCUCUUGUCAACCAUUUCUUCACUACUCCUCACCCCCCAGUUCUGCAGAAACACCCUCUUUCGGCCAAAUCCAACAGACUUCAACACGCAAGUCAACCCAGUCUCCACACCAAGCCGACAGCUGCCGAAAGUCUGUUCAGAGGACACUUUUCCCGCCGGUGGCCCCGAGCCCCAAUUUGUCUUCAGCACUUGUCUGGAGACCAUGGCCAUAAUUUCAUGUACUCCUUUAAUUUAUUCACUUUUUGUAACUUUUUGUACAUAAACAUUGUAAAUUUAAAUUAUAUUUUGUUUACUUCGUGUUUACGUGCUUUG